GCUGUGAGGGACGCCGGUCGGUGGGGAAGCGGCCGCUCGGUUGUUUGUGUCGCUCUCGCAGCUCUAGCGUGAACGGGAGUUCGGGCCCUGGGGGAGAGCGGAGCGGCCGGAGGAGGAACAGGCAGAGGCCGGGGGAAGGAGAUACAGGUGCCUUGGGGUCCCACACCACCAGGUUCAGAAACAGUUAUUAUCCUUCAACCAAAAGGCUCCUGAACCAGUGUGAAUACUCACUCACCUCAACUCUGAACUGAUUCCACACCUAUAGACUCACUUUCAAGGACUUUACAACUCAGGUUGGAGGGAAGGCAGUACAUGUGAACCCACAUUAUCAAACCAACAUCAUGAAUAGGAACAAACGCGACAACCAGUUCUACAGUGUAGAGGUUGGGGAUUCAACCUUCACUGUCCUGAAACGCUAUCAAAACUUGAAGCCCAUUGGUUCAGGAGCACAGGGAAUUGUAUGUGCAGCCUAUGAUGCAGUUCUCGAUAGGAAUGUGGCUAUCAAGAAACUCAGCCGACCGUUUCAAAAUCAGACUCAUGCGAAAAGAGCUUAUAGAGAAUUAGUCCUCAUGAAGUGUGUCAACCAUAAAAAUAUAAUUGGCCUGCUGAAUGUAUUUACACCACAAAAAUCACUUGAGGAAUUUCAAGAUGUUUACAUAGUGAUGGAACUUAUGGAUGCCAAUCUCUGUCAGGUGAUUCAGAUGGAACUAGACCAUGAGCGAAUGUCUUACCUACUCUAUCAGAUGCUGUGUGGCAUCAAGCACCUUCAUUCAGCUGGCAUUAUACACCGGGACCUGAAGCCAAGCAACAUAGUCGUGAAAGCAGACUGUACAUUGAAGAUCUUAGACUUUGGACUGGCAAGAACAGCAGGAACUAGUUUCCUGAUGACACCUUAUGUGGUUACACGAUACUACCGUGCUCCAGAGGUCAUUCUAGGAAUGGGAUAUAAAGAAAAUGUGGAUUUAUGGUCUGUUGGGUGCAUAAUGGGAGAAAUGGUGCGUCACAAAAUCCUCUUUCCAGGAAGGGACUACAUUGAUCAGUGGAACAAAGUGAUUGAGCAAUUAGGAACACCGGCCUCUGAGUUCAUGAAGAAGUUACAACCAACAGUUAGGACGUAUGUUGAGAACAGGCCCAAGUAUACAGGCUACAGUUUUGAGAAACUCUUUCCAGAUGUUCUCUUCCCUGCGGACUCUGAGCACAAUAAACUGAAAGCAAGUCAAGCCAGAGACUUGUUGUGUAAAAUGCUUGUAAUAGAUGCAUCGAAGAGGAUUUCAGUGGAUGACGCACUGCAGCAUCCUUACAUUAAUGUUUGGUAUGAUCCUGCGGAAGUAGAAGCUCCUCCACCCAAGAUAUAUGACAAGCAGUUAGAUGAGCGGGAUCAUACUAUAGAUGAAUGGAAAGAGUUGAUAUACAAGGAAGUCCUGGAGUGGGAAGAAAGAAUGAAGAAUGGUGUUAUAAGAGGACAACCACCUUCUUUAGGUGCAGCAGUGAUCAAUGGUUCUCAUCAUCCAUCGUCAUCUUCAUCUGUCAAUGAUGUAUCCUCCAUGUCAACAGAUCCAACACUGGCCUCAGAUACAGACAGCAGUCUAGAGACUUCAGCAGGACCUCUGGGUUGUUGCAGAUGACUAGCCUUCCUCUCUCUGGGUUCUUACUGUUCGCGCUAAAUGAUAGAGAGAGUAGACCAGCUUUUAAAAAGCUCUAAUUUCAUUUUAAUUUUAUUGAAAUCAGUUUGCCAUAGAAUAUGACUUUGAAUUAUGUUUGGAUUUUGACACAGUAACUUAAAUACAGCAAAGUUUAGUGUGGGGCAAUAACCCUUAAGCAUGACUUGUACAUUUGUAAAUGACUCAUUUAACAUCACUACAUUUAGGUCUGUUUUUGGGGGAAGAAGGUUCAGAAAAUACAAGUAAGCUCCAGCCUCCAUUGUGCAGGGGAGCAGCUUAGGCUAAUUUUCACUCUCGCAUGAAGUGAUUGCUGCCUUUUAAAUAUUCUGGGGUCUUUUCUACUCCACUUGGCUCACUGCUAGUUGUGGACUAGGACAAUAAGUUACCAUGUUUCCAAACAAGAUUGCCAGUGUCCGUAAUAAACUUUAGUUGACUGUGGCUUGCUUGCUUACAUAUCCAAAGCUGAGCCUGAGUGUUUUAAAUUUUAAUGCAGCCAUUUUGAGUAAGGCUACUACGUGCAGAGCUGGGAGAAAUGAUAGCGGUAUAAACAAUCACCUCUCCUUGUAUAGGCUGAUGGCGAGGAGUAGAAUUGAGAAGUAAAUAUGUGACACCAGAGAGAUUAGACCUCACAAGACUGAACAAAUGUUUUAUUUCUUGACUGAGUGCCAGCUCUGAAUUUAUUGUAAUAAGAUCACAUUGCCCCUAAUGAGCUGUUCUUUCUAAUUACAAGUGAUUUGGUUAAUUCCUUUCUAUUACUCCAGGAGUUCACAGUGUAUAUGGCCCAAUAAUAAAAGUGGUCUAAUUUGUAGCUGGCUUUUCCUAACACAACUUGACAAAAUGUCAACUUUGACGAGAAUCAAUAGCGUAGGGUUAUAUUCCAGACAAACAUUAGAUCUGUCACUUGUAAAGUAUGUAAUGUCUCCAGAGGUUUUUAAAUAAUUGAUGAACUACCUCACACAAUCAAUGUACUAUUUCAAGGACGUCAAGCUGCCCACUUUCCAACCAGUCAGUACCAACAUGGAACCUAACUGUUAAUUUAUUUCUGUUGUUAAGGAGUCUGUGGUCCACCACCAGGAGUUAACCAAGUUCACAGCUGAAACUGUCAUGUAGAAGGAAAUAUUGUUAUACCUGUACUUUGUAUGUUAGAGACAUGUUUAAUGUGUUUGUAUAUUUGUUUUCUCAUAGUCAAUGUGCAAUAAUAUUUGCAAGUGAUACAAAUUUGAUUGUAAAGAUGGAAAUAGCUGUGAUGUGGUAUACUUAUUUUUGAGGGCGGUGUGGGGAUGUGAAGGGAUUGUAGUAUUUUUUUCCUGUACGAUGUAAGAUAAACAAAUGUAAGAUUGUAUUAAGCGCCAGGGUUAGGUAGCUGAGGGCAUGGUGUCUGCAUCUGCUCCUUGGGUUAGUUUAUUUUUUUAGUACAUAAAUGUUGAAUAGUUUUUUGCCUCCCUCCUCACCCUCUCCCCUCCAAAAUGGGCAUAUCCAGAGUGGACUGUUGGAAUGUCUGCAGCAGAGUGGAUAUUAAUUAUAUAAUGUUUAAAAAAAAUCAAGGUAAUGUUUGUUUGUAUAAACCUGUUUCAUCCUAUUAGAUGACAGUAUACUGAAAGCAGCUCUUUAGUUACAUCGCAAAAUGAAAUGAUUCUAUUUUUUUUUAUCUCAAGUGCUUAGUGAAUAGACUUAGCACUAUGGGAUAUCAGGAUGUUCGCAGCGGUAGACUGAUCUAAUGAGCAAUUUCCCAGGACAUAGGAUGACUUAAAGAUGUUCUAACAUCUGUCUUCAACAGCUUCUGAAAUGAUAAGUCCUAUUAAGAAUUCUCUGACUCACCUUUAGCACAGUCAAAACUUAAUCCCUUUGUGCUAAAAGUGGAUCAUCCUUUAAGACUGCUGAUUAGGAGUGGGCAUAAGAUUUAAGUGCAUGUCUGCUGAUCCUGAUUAGAAUAGGAUUAAACAAAGUUAAAUAAUGUUUAAGAUUUAAUGAAAAUUUUCCACUCAAUUUUUUUGCAUAAUUUAAUAUAACCUUGAGAUUUGAACCAGGUUGAAAGUUAAAUGCAAACUUGUUUUUUUCCCUGUCUAGUGAUAUUGACGCUUAGAUUUUGAAGCUCAAGAUAUCGCAUUCUUUGAGCACCACACCUGCCUUCUGCCUGCCCCCUUCCCCCCCUUCCCCUUUAGUGCAGUGAAAAGACCUGCUGAAAAGAAAGGAAAUGUAAGUGCUGGAAAUCUUCACGUAAAACACAGUAACAAAGAAUAAACUCAUUCAGCAUCUGAUGGAGAAACUGGUUAAAGUUUGUCAUAACAUACAGUUAAUAAUUCAAAAGACAUAAGCUCGCCUUUUCACGGGCAUUGACUGUCCUGCUUUGAAUUUAACAGUAUUUUAUUUUAUAUUACAGUUUGUUUUUAGUGUUUUAAACCAAAAGAACACUAAAAUAGGUGCCAUGGUUCUGAAUGCUGCCAGUUUUUCAUUUAAACAGCUAUUUUAAAAAUCAAUUGUACUGUUUCUCAGUGCUUAUUUUCCUCCUUCCUCCGUGAAUUACUAUAUCACUGUUUUCUCACCUGUGGGAGUGUGUGCGUGAGAGAGUGUCAUAUACAAGUAAUUAUAUUGUCAGUGCCAAAUUUCUAAGGGGGGGCAGAAGAAAUCGUUUCUGUUUACUGUAAUGCUUUCACAAAAUUUGUCAUUCGCAUAUUAUCCUCUCUAGAUUACUUCCUUCAGUAAGCUCUUUUUAUAUCCACGAUGACCCUCCAUAUUUUCAGCAUUUUAUGUGAAGCUACACUUUGUGAAUUUGUAUUUCAUGCUUUGUCAAUGCUCCAUAAUCUUCCAAUAUGGGAAAAAAUAAAUGUUGGAAGUGGAAUUCUUAGUUGUAUUUGAUACGUUUUAUUUGGACGGGUGGGAUCAGACGGGAAUGUAGGUAGUUUGACAAAAUUAUCAAAAAUAGUAAUGAUUUCUCUGAGAAGGUUCAUUAAAUUACUGUAAUUGUCCCAGGAUAGAAAAAAGGAAGCACACUACCUCCCAAACUACUUACCCUUCCCAUCGUCCACCUGAGCAACCUGUGGAAGAAUCUGUGAAUAUUACAAUGGCCUCAUCAAUCCAUAAAAUUAGUGUGGAAGCAAGACCUCCACGAUCUGAAGUCAUUGCCCAAAAGAAGGAAUUGAGUAUUUACAGUUUGCUAUCUAAUUUAUUACUCUCAAACCUUGCCCAUUCUCAUCCUCUUGAAGUAACUUGAUAGCUGAGUAACAGCUUCUUGAGUAAAUUUAGUGAGACACAGGAUGUGAACUAACCAUUGACUUCCAAGCUUUGACUCUGUGCUUGUAUUGGUUAACAGCUGGCCACAAGUGCAUUAACCUGAUUACUGACUUUCACUAAUAACGUUGAGAAAAGUUUUUUGCAUUUUGCGUUACUAAUGACCAAGCACAGCAGAUAAACCCAUUUAUUCUUUUUCCAUGUGCUGCAGUGGUGCUAAUAAGCUUGUGAACCCUGUAGAAUUUUCUUUAUUUCUGCAUAAGUAUGACCUAAAAUGUGAUCAGAUCUUUAUGCAAGUUUUAAAACUAGAUAAAGAGAACCAAAUUAAAUAAAUAACAGAAAAAUAUUAUACAUUAUUUAUUUAUUGAUAAAAAUGACCCAUUAUUACAUAUAUUUGUUGGAAAAAGUAUAUGAAGCUCUGGGGUAAUGCCUUCCACAAAAGCUAUGUAGAGUCAGGUGUUCCAAUCAAUAAGAUGAGGUUGGAGGUGUGGGUUAUAGAGGUGCCCUGCCCUAUAUAUUUUUUAAAAAGACAAGUCUCAAGGUCAGGUUACUGACAGAGCUUGAUCUUGUCACGAAAGAUCAGCUUAUGUACAUUAUUCCGCGAUCAAAACAACUUUCCGAGGACCUUAGAAGAAGAAUUGUAGAGAUGCAUGAAGCUGGAAAAGGCUACAAAAGCAUUUCUAAAGAUCUGAGUGUUUAUCAGUCCACAGUAAGAGAAAUUGUCUACAAAUAGAGGAAACUCAGUACUGUUAUACUCAGCCUAAGAGUGGGCAUCCUUCAAAUAUCACACCAAGAGCACAACGUGCAAUGCCGAAGGGGGUGAAAAAGAACCCGAAGGCAACAGCAAAGGAUCUGCAGAAAUCUCUAGAACUUGCUACGUUUCUGUUCAUGUGUCCACUUAAUAAAAUACUGAACAAGAAUAGUGUUCAUGGAGGAAACCACUGCUGUCCAAAACAAAAAUUAUCAUUGCCUGUCUCAAGUUUGUAAAAGACCACCUGGAUAUUCCACAAUGCUUCUGGGGCAAUGUUUUGUGGAUAGAUGAGACCAAAGUUGAACUUUUUGGCAGAAAUGCACAUUGCUGUGUUUGGAGGAGAAACAGCACUGCAUGCUAACACCAAAGCCUCAUCUCGACUGUGAAGUAUGGCGGAAGGAGCAUCAUGGUUUGGGGCUACUAUGCUGCCUCAGGACCUGGACAGCUUGCAAUCAUUAAGGGAAUUCAAAAUUGUAUUAAGACAUUUUACAGGAGAAUGUCAGGGUAGCAGUCCAUCACCUGAAACUUAAUAGAAGUUGGAUAAUGCAACAAGACAAUGAUCCGAAAGACAAGAGUAAGUCAACAACAGAAUGGUUUAAAAGAAGAACAUUUAUGGUUUAGAAUGUCUGAGUCAAAGUCCGGACCUUAAUCCUAUAGAAAUGUUGUAAAAGAACCUGAAGCAAGUAAUUCAUGUAAGGAAGCCCACCAAUAUCCCACAGUUGAGGCAGUUUUGUAAGGAGGAAUGGUCUAAAAUUCCUCCAAACUGAUGUGCAGAACAGAUCAACAGUUACUGGAAACCUUUGGUUGAAGUUAUUGCUGUACAAGGGGGUCAUACCAGUCACAGAGCAGAGUUCACAUACUUUUUCCAACAAAUACAUGUAAUAUUGGGCAUUUUCUCAAUAAAUAAAUAAAUGAACAAGUAUAGUGUUUUUUUGUGUUGUUAUUUAAUUGGGUUCUCUAUCUAGUUUUAGGACUUGUGUGUAGAUCUGAUCACAUUUUAGGCCAUAUUUAUCUAGAAAUCAAUAAAGUUCUACAGGGUUCACAAACUUUCUGGCGUCAGUGUAUUAUCUGCAUCAGUAUCUCGCAGACUUUAUUGGAUUAAUAUACAGAGUCUGCUAGUGUUUUGUUUUCCCAAGAGUGUUUGGGUGCUGAAUCACUCCCUAUUUGUAUUUUUUCCACUCAAGGGCUACCAUGAAUGACUGUACAUAUUUUAAUAACAUUGGAUUACUAUAUUUGAAUCACAAAAUCUUUAGCAAUAGAUGAUCAUUUAGCCUCAAUGGUCUACAUCUGAGCAAUCCAGCCAGUUUCCCCCAGCCCUGCUAUAGUCCUGUAACCUCUUUCAGAAACCAACUUUGUUCCCUUUCAAAUGUUGCUAUUGAAUCUGUCACCAUUAUUAUCCCCAGCAGUGCAGUCUGGACCUCAACCACAUGCUGAAGAUAGGGAAGUAUGUCAUCCUGUUACAUUAUGUAGUUUUGCCAGUCACCUUCAUCCUAAAUCUCACAGAUCCUGUCUCUCUGUUAAGUGUUGACAUGUAAUUGGGUUUGAUAUUGGUUUAAUUGUUGAUACAGGUAAGGUUCAAAAUGUAGUUAUGGUGACAGAGGUAGUUAGAAACAUAGAACAUAGAAACAAAGCUGUGCCAAACAUGUCCUUACCUGAGAAAUUACCUAGGGUUACCCAUAGUCCUCUAUCUUUCUGAGCUCCAUGUACCUGUCCAGGAGUCUCUUAAAAGACCCUAUCAUAUCCACCUGCACCACUGUCGCUGGCAGUCCAUUCCCCACGCACUCACCACUCUCUGCGUAAAAGAAAAACUUACCCCUGACAUCUCCUCUGUACCUACUUCUAAGCACCUUAAAACUGUGCCCUCUUGUGUUAGCUAUUUCAGCCCCAGGGAAAAGCCUCUGAUAAUCCACACGAUCAAUGCCUCUCAUCACCUUAUACACUUCUAUCAGGUCACCUCUCAUCCUCCAUUGCUCCAAGGAAAGAAGGCCGAGUUCACUCAACCUAUUCUCAUAAGGCAUACCCCCCAAUCCAGGCAACAUCCUUGUAAAUCUCUUCUGCACCCUUUCUAUGGUUUCCACAUCCUUCCUGUAGUGAGGUGACCAGAACUGAGCACAGUACUCCAAGUGGGGUCUGACCAGGGUCCUAUAUAGCUGCAACAUUACCUCUCAGCUCCUAAACUCAAUCCCAUGAUUGAUGAAGGCCAGUGCACCGUAUGCUUUCUUAACCACAGAGUCAAUCUGCACAGCAGCUUUGAAUGCCCUAGGCACUUGGACCCCAAGAUCCCUCUGAUCCUCCACACUGCCAAGAAUCUUACCAUUAAUACUAUAUUCUGUCAUCAUAUUUGACCUACCAAAAUGAACCACCUCACAAUUAUCUGGGUUGAAUUCCAUCUGCCACUUCUCAGCCCAGUUUUGCAUCCUAUCAAUGUCCCACUGUAACCUCUGAUAGCCCUCCACACUAUCCACAACACCCCCAACCUUUGUUUCAUCAGUAAAUUUACUAACCCAUCCCUCCACUUCCUCAUCCAGGUCAUUUAUAAAAAUCGCGAAGUGUAGGAGUCCCAGAACAGCUUCCUGAGGCACACCACUGGUCACUGACCUCCAUGCAGAAUAUGACCCAACUACAACCACUCUUUACCUUCUGUGGGCAAGCCAGUUCUGGAUCCACAAAGCAAUGUCCCCUUGGAUCCCAUGCCUCCUUAUUUUCUCAAUAAUCCUUGCCUGGGCUACCUCGUCACGUGCCUUGCUGAAAUCCAUAUACACUACAUCUACUGCUCUACCUUCAUCAAUGUGUUUAGUCGCAUCCUCAAAACAUUUAAUCAGGCUCGUAAGGCACAACCUGCCUUUCACAAAGCCAUGCUGACUACUCCUAAUUAUAUAAUGCCUCUCCAAAUGUUCAUAAAUCCUUCCUGUCAGGACCUUCUCCAUCAAAAGUUGUUGAACACUACCCUUUUAAGUUUUAGCAGAGCUAAUAAAGUUUUAGUAGAGCUGAGGAAUGUUAAACACAAAAUUUGGUUUGGUGCUUAGUAUUGCUUGAGUUAACUUUCUGUUGGAGACAUAAUUAGACUUGAAGAAGUCGAAUUAAGAUUAAAUGUAAAGGCUAACAGAAUGUAAAAUAUUUAAGAAGAAUCCAAAGCCUGUUUACAAGAAGGUUUCUGGUGUUAAAGCUGAUGAUGUCUUUGGUUUUCAGUGUCUGUCUUUAAACUAGAAGUAUGUAGGUGUAUUGAUCAUAAGCGUCUUCAUCUGCAACUCUCCCAGAUGAAAAUUAUUGUUCAUCCAAUGAAGGUAGCUUUAAUAAUAUGAAGAAAAUAACUUUGAUCCUAAAAACAUUUGUACAAGAAUUCAGAUGAGCAAGUCAUAAUUGAGUUCCCAUUUACAGUGUAAAGUUGCAAAGAUUCAAGUGACUAAUCCUAAAACAUGCCCUUUUACCUCUAGAAACCUUUAAUUUUGAUCAGAUUUGCAAGUAUGGGCAAGAAGAAAACACAGGGGCAGAGGCAGUCAAUUCAGUCCUUGAGCCUUGUUCUAGCAUUAGAGUCAGGCAUACAUGAGUUUAUCUGCUUGGGUGCUGGCUUCAUUAGCAGAGGGGGCUUCAGUAGCUUCCCUGGGUCUCCUGUUAUUUCUCUGGCAUAUGAUCCAAAUAUUGCCUAACAGCUCAAUCUGUCAGUCAGUUCAAGCACUGCUACUCGACCAGGACAACUCCGGAUGACAGAUGGUAGCCAGUUUUGUUCCAGUGAAAUGCAUGCAUAGACCAACUCUGGCACCAAACUUCAUGGCCAGAUGUGCAGAUUAUAUUUUUGUUUCAUGGCUUCUUGCUUGCUGCAAAUUUGUUCCUGUGUGGCCAACUAUAGUUGACCCAAUCUGGUGUGUAAGGUGCACUUAAACAUUAAUUUGGUGGGUGAUGCACCUGUGAUUUUGUUAUCGAGGCACUAUUUGGAAAGUCUGCUUUGCACUGCUUGUUCUGCCAGGCUACGUGAUUUGGUGGUGUUGGGUGCAUAAUAUCAUUUUUCUCAGCAAAUCCUUAAAUUCUGCACCUGAAGACUGGCAGUACACAUCAGCACUCUGUAGUCGACCAAGUGCUUCUAACUUUGGGCCUACUGCAUUCAGCACCAGGCAGCCCUCAUAAAACUUCGGCUGGCAGGACUCCUUAAAUUUGAACUUGGCCCUCUGACCAUGAUAUUGACCUGAAGAGUCAGUUUGGAAAACCCUCUAGUGCUUUGUAAUUGAGAAAUCAAUGUGGGGUUCCCAAUACCGAUGAUGCAUCUUUUUAAUUCAAUUUCUGCCCCGCAUAUUUGGCCUCCCCCGAUCACAUGCAUGGGUGUGAUGGAUAUUCACUGUCCAGGGCUAGAGGCUCCUUCUUGCCAAGUUCAGCUUUCUAACAACAUCUGGCACUUUGAGAGAUCACGGAGUUGUUUUUGAAUAAGUUAAACUUCUAGCUGAUAUUCUUUGUUCAGCUUCUUGUUAUAAACAGAAGCCAGUUAUCACUACUUAUGUAAAUGGCAAGCAAUAAUUAAACAAACAGCACAGUCUAUAGCAUAGAAGUGACUGCUCUGGAGACGCAGUGUACAACAAUGGGGUUAUGUUCAUUGAAAAGAAGAGAAAAUCUGCAGGUGCUGGAAAUCUGAGCAAUUUAGCAGGGCCAGAGCCUAAAACGUUGACUGUGCUUUUUUCCAUAGAUGCUGCCUGGCCUGCUAAGUUCCUAAGCAUUUUGUGUGUGUUGCUUAUAAUAAUUGGGCCUGCAUCAAACUAGAUAUCACUGGCUAAGUUAUUUAGUUCAAGGAAGUUUGCAGAGCAUAUUGAUACUAAAACUUAGCCCAUCAAGUAAUUGAUUUUUCAACAGUUGGAAGAUAUGUGUACUUAGAGAUUCAGUGCACAUUGCAUUAAUUGUGGGUGUUUGCGAACUCUGUCGCCAGAAGCUUUCAGACUAUCUGUUUGAAGUCAUCCCAAGUGGCAAAAAAAACAGUAUAAAUGUGAGCAGUCAGACUUGUUAGGAAUGGUUAAGGGAUAUCAAGAAGAAUAACCAAGAAGGUGUGACUAGAAUCCAUUCCUCUGCUUUCGAUUUCUGCGACUGAUGACUCAUUUGUCUGCAACUCGUUGGUUUGCCUUUUUAAGCUUAUAGGAACUAUGCCUGUGUUUUAGAAAUAGUUUGUAAAUUGUAAGUAUUUAUAAGAUGGGAAUUCUGAGUUUUAUGUUUUUGAGAACUUUAUCUAAAUG